AUGAACGUCCCGGUGGCCUUCGUCCUUAUCGCGCUCGUCAUUGGGUUGCUGCAGCUGUCUCCAACGGAAGGCCAAUAUACAGGUCCAACACUUGCCUGCGGUGGUACGUCCCUGGUAAAAUCGACCACACUGCUUGCACCGAACAACAUUGCAACGAACGGGCUAACCUGCGUCUACACCAUCCGGUCACUCAAUCUGCGCAUCUGUCAGCUUCGAUUGGAUUUCAACUCGUUUAGUCUUGCCCAACCGACGCUCGACCCGUACCCGAGAUGCAUCAACGAUGUGUUUUCGGUGCAAAACAUGAACUUCGAUUUAUGUGGUGAAAACAGCGGCCAGCACGUGUAUGUACCCUUCAACCCUACCAAUGCCGAUCGUACGAUGACGAUCACCUUCCGGAUCGCUAGUCGCUCGCAAAUCCCAACUCUGACCAAUCCACACUGGAGCAUCCGGGUGCAGCAGCUCGAGUGUCCAAACGGCGUGGCACCCGCUGCCCGGCAGUUGGAUCCUUCAGAAAUGCUUCCCCUCGCAAACGCUCGCACUGCGCAUGGCGAUAUCGGUCUUCUCGCACCAACCGGUUGCCUGCAGUACUUCUCCGACACCUCCGGUACGGUUGAAUCUUUCAACCUUGGUUCCGGUGUGGGACCAUACCUGGGUGGAUUGGACUAUGCCAUCUGUUUCCAGCGUCCUCGCAACAGUCAGCUGUUACGCCUCAUCCCGGUCACCUUCGAGAUCGCUUCGUCCGGUAAUCCGAACGCCCAAAACCCUGGCGUGGAUGAGCUGUGUUAUUCAAGCAUUGCCGUAAUGGCACGAUCCGAGGACAAUCUGCACAUUCCGAACGCGGUGGCACGAUUGCCAGCGUUGCCGGCCCUACGAGCAAGCCGGUUUUGUAGCAGUAGCUUGAACAACGGGGAAGUGGAUGUCACUGGACCAGGCCCGUUCAUGAUGUACUUUACGAGUGAUCAACUGUUUGAUCCGUUCCAUCGCGAAACUGGAUUCCGGCUGAAUUAUCUAAUCAUGUAA